AUGAUGUUUUUUAAUUUAAAUAAAGAUUCCAAUAAAAACGAUGAUUUUUCCUUGGAAAGUACAUCAAACAAUUUUGGCUCAAAAGAAAUGAAUAUAAUUUCUGAUGUUAUAAAUCGUGAUACAAAAGGUAUUCUAAAUGAUCACUUAGUAACAAGGGGAGAUAAAAUAGGAGAAGAAAAUCAUAUGAACAUAAAUUACUGUUUCUCUGAUUCUCCAUCUAAUGGUAUCGAUGAAAAAGUAAAAAAUUUGGAAAUGGAUUAUGUAUUAAAAUCUUCAAUUAAUAAAGUAGGUUCAAACAGUAUUGUCCUUUCGAAGGAUGAAGAAGAAGUUUUUUAUGGGAAUACUGAAGAUAUUUCAGUUCUAAAAAAAAAUAAUAAUAAUAAUAAUAAUAUAACGAAAUCUCAUGAAGAAACAAAUGUACAUAAUCUUGCUAUGAAAAAUGAUUCAAAUAAGGUCGAAAAUGAUAAAAUAGGAAAUAUGGUGCAAUUUAACAGAAGUAUAGUUCCUAUAAGUAAUGAUGAGUAUAUGAAACAAAAUGAAUGUCAUAUGAAUAUUUGUAAAGAUGAUAAUAUAAAUUAUGAAGAAAAGAAGGAUAAUUAUCCAAUUAAUACUAUAUCAUAUAACAAAAACUUCAAUUUCGAUGAAAUUAAUAAGAAUUCUAACAAAGAAAUGAAUAAAAAGGAACCAUUUGAUGAUGAUGUAAUAGAUAAAGAAAAGAAGAAUUUUGAGAAAUUUUCCUUUUCGAAAGGAUUUCAAAAGGAUACCCUUGAAGCAGAAGACAAAAAUCAAAUAAAUAAAAAUGAAUAUGAUGAAUACAUUCCAAAAUACAAUAGCAAUAUUUAUAAAAUGGUUGAACAAGAUGCUGGUAAUGUACACACUAACAAUAGGGCCCAAAAUUCGAAUGAACCUAUGAAUGAAAACAAACAACCAAUAGUUCGUAAUAAAUUAUUGGAUGAAUUAAAUUAUAGUAACAAAAAAAGUCAUUCAUCCUUAUUUGAUAAUAAAGAGAAAAUGAUAGAUAUUUCAUUAAUAGCUGAUAGAGCAAAGAAAAAUAUAUUUCCAGAAAUGAUUUCUCAUUCAAAUAAUAUACAUACUAAUUUUGAAAUGACUUCAACAAAACAUGAAAUGAAUAGUGACUAUAUAACAAAGGAAGAGGAUGAUAAGUAUACAUUUCAUACACUUAAAGAAAGAAUUGAAGAUAAUAAAUAUAAUAUGGAUGAUACAUAUAAAGAAUUAGAUUUGGAACAUGAUAAUAAUGUUUUGGAUGAAUAUAAUAGUAGAAACAGUUCUCCUGAAAUCGAUCAAAUAUUUAGUAAAUAUAAAAUAGAGGUAUCUAAUUUAUCCAAAUAUUUUGAUUUCCAUAAGACAGGAAAAAAAGAAAACUCUGAAAUUAAUUUGGACAACGACAAGGAAAACAACAAUAAUAACAAUAAUAAUAAUAUUAAAAUUAAUGAAAAUGAAAAUGACAGUGAAAAUGAUAAUGAUUUCAAUAUAAAUAAACCAUAUAAGAGUAAUAAUGUAAAAGAUAUGUUAGAUUAUUAUAUUAAAGGAAGUGAUAAUACAAUCAAUAAGGUGUUGACAUAUGUGUAUCCAAGUAAUUUCACUAGUAAUUAUAAUGAUUAUAUACUCAAAGAAGAAGAAAAAAUAAAGGAAAAAGAAGAAGAACAAAUAGAAAAAAAGAAAAAGAAAGAGAAACUAAAAGGAGAAGAAACUCGUCAAGAUUAUCAUGAUGACUAUGAUAAACAGAGUCAAAUGUCCUUCAAUAAUUUGAAUGAAUCAUCCAAUUUAGUUAUAAAUGAAACUAAUUAUAUAACAGAAGAUGUUUUAAAGGAUAUUCUAAAUAUGAAAGAAGAAAAGAUAAGUUUUGAAUAUUUUAGAAAUUGUUUCAGUGAUUUAAAUUAUGAUAUUAAGGUAUCAGAUAUACAUUUAUUAUAUAAUUGUAUUAGAGAGCAUCAACAACAAAAUAAUAUAAAUAUAAAAAACGAAGAUAUUGAAGAAAAAAAAAAUGUAAACAAUUCUAGUAAAACAAACAAUGUGGAUGAUCAUUAUAUAACUGUUCAAGAUAUAAGAUCUUAUAUAAUUGAAAGAAAUUCUAAAAAUAAUAAUUAUUACAAUGAAAUUAUUAAGAUGGUAGUACAUUUUAAUAACAUAUUAUUAUUAAUGUUAAACAAUAAUGAAACUGAAAUGAAAGAUAAAAUUUUAUUUGAAUUACUUUCAUUAAAAUUUGCUUCCAUAUUUAAUGACAUAUUGCAAUUAGAUAACAAUUUUGAUAACCUCAUUAAGCAUUUAAAUGAAAUUAUAAAACUAAUUUUAUGUGAAGAUUCGAAAAAGAAAAACCUCAGAAAUAUAAUAUCCACCUAUUUGAACAGCCAAAAAAUAUUAAUUCAUAAAAAUGAUAUGUUAUCUGAAUUAAAUAAAACCACGCAUAAGAAAAUGAAAAAAAAAAUUAACAAUGAAAAGGAAAUAACUAAAGAGAAGAAAAAGAAACUUAAUAUAAUAAAUGAAAAAGAUAACGAAAAGGAUGUUGUUAAUCAAUUUGUCGAUGAAAGUACUAAUGAAGAAGAAAAAGAUUCAGAUAAUACUACCUUAAAUGAUAAAACAAAAUCAGAUAAUAAAUCAUCGAAAAAGAAAGAAAGCAACACAAAAUUAGUUUACAGUUGUGAUGAAAUGAAAAGAAAAUUUAGGAAGAAUAGUAAGGUUAAAAAGAAUAAAAAGAAAAGAUCCACAAGUCAUAUAAAUCUACAUAAUACUACAGAAAUCAAUAAUGCACAAAAUGAUACUCAAAAUAAUACACGCAAUUUAACAAAAGAUAUAAUUAUGAAUGAGAUAAAAAAUACAAAGGAAAUAUGUAAAAAUGAGAAUUUGAAAAAAGAACAAAAUACAACAUGUUCUAAAAAGAAAAAGAAGAGAACAAGCACACCCUUUUCAAAAGAAUUUAUUAUAACGAGUGAUGUAGAUAGUAAUGAGAAAUCAAAUGAUGAAAAAAACAAUUCAGUUCAAGGUAAUAAUACAGAACAAGUUCCAUUAACUAAUAUAAUUGACAAUAUUAAUGAAAUAAAGGAAAAUCUUAUACAGACAACAUCCAAAAAAUUUGAAGAAAAAAAAGAGCAUGUAGAUGAAAAUAGUGAAGAAAGCCAAAAAAGUAAUGAAAUAAAAAAUAUUAGUGAAAAUAUUUAUAUUGAAAAUAAAAAGAAAAUAGAAAUAAUCAAUUGUACGAUAAAUAAUAAAAAUAAAGAAAAUCAUAAAACAGUAAUAGAAAUAAAAAAACAAGCAGUUCCUCUUAAGAGAAAUGAUAAAUCGAUUAAUAGCAUGGAUAUUAAAAAGGUUGCACAAUUCAAAAAUAAUAAUAAUAAUAAUAAUAAACACUUCAUGAAAAGUAUACCGAAUUAUAUAUUUAAAAAAGAUAUAGAGGAAGAAAUUGAAAGAAAAAACAUAAAUUUUGAAAAUAGAACAUACAAUAGUAAUCAUAUAAAACAUCAAAUUCAUCAUAUUAAUUCACCAUAUUUUAAUGAUUAUAUGAAAAGAUUUAGUUCAAUAAAUAAUGGAAUCCUUAGACAAGACUUAUAUCCUAUAUCACAAAAGAAUAACAAUAAUACUAAUAUGAUACAAAAUGAAAGAGUCAAUUAUAUUUUACCUAGUUUUAAUAAAAAUUUGAGUAAUAGUAAUAAUCAUAACAAUAAUAAUAUAAAUUAUGUAAAUAACGUAGAUAAAUAUAUCAGUGCAAAUCAUGAACAAAUUCCAUUACAUAAUAUGACCAUUAAUAAUGAAUUCCAUAAAAUGAGCAAUAAUAAUGUUAAUAUUAAUAAAAAUAAUGAGAUUAGAAGAAGCAUGCAACCUUUUAAACAAAAUAUAUAUGAUAACCAACAUUAUUAUUACCAUAACAAUCCACAUAUUCUAUCAAAUAAUAAUAUUAAUAAUAUUAAUAAUAUUCAAGAAAUGAAAGCAAAUAAUUAUUUAAGAAAUAAUGAACAAAUAUACAAAAAUUUAAUGAUGAAAAAUGCAAAUCCAAAAUAUUAUAAUACGGAGUAUCAAUAUAAUAAUCUUUUACAAAAUGAAAACAAGAUACCAUUCAUCUCCUCAAGCUCUAAAAGAAUUGCAGAUCAAAUACAUAUACAUAAAAAUAUUUGCGAUCAUUUAACUUCAGGAAAUAUAUACAAUGGUAAAAAGGAAGUACCUAUGUCAUUUGAUACCAAAGCCUUAAUUUUUAAUCAAAAUAAAAAAGAAUUGUUUGAAAGUUGCACUAAUGCAAAUAUAGUAGAAAAGUCUCAAAAAAUUACAAGUACGUCGUCAAAAGAAAAUAUUGAGCUACCAAGUGAACAAAAAGUAAAUAGAGAAAACACAAUAUUAGAAAAUGGAAAUGAAAUCAAUGUAAAUAGAGAAGAUACAAUAUCAGAAAAGAGGGAUGAAAAGAAUGUACAUAGAGGAGAUACAAUAAUAGAAAAUGGAAAUGACAAAAGUGUUAACAUAAAUAAGAAUAUAAUAUAUAAAGACGAUAGUAACGUUAUAUAUAGGAAUAAUAUGAGAAAAGCUACUCCGUUUGAAGGAAAAAGAUAUAGUAUUAGUUAUAAUAGAAUGAUGACCCCUAAUCUUUAUACAGGAUUUAAGAGAAAUAUUAAUAACAUAAAUUAUAAAAAUAAUUUCUUAUUAAGUAGUAAUGUUUCUAAAUGUUCUAAUAGAUAUGUUAGUUCUAAAAGUGACGUACACUCAUUAAAAAUACAAAAUGGAAAAUUAAUUAAUGAAAAUAUGAAACCAUCUAAAUUUGAAAAGGAUUCAUUAUUUACAUUAAAUUUAGAAAAAAAUGAUACGCAAUAUAAUGAAAAUACAAAAAAUGAAUUGAAUAAAAAAUCAACAUAUACUAGAUUCACUGAAAUAUUUACUGAUACAUUAAAAAAUUUUACACUAGGAAAUCGUAAAUCUUUUAGAUCCUCUACGGUUCAUGGAACAGUUUCUUCAUAUAAAAAUAUAGAUGACGAUGAAAAGGAAAAAAAUUAUAAAGGUAAUCAAUCAUUUAAUAAAAAGAAUUAUCAGAAAGAAGGAGGGAAAGAAGAGGGGAAUUAUAAAAAUGAUGAAGACAUGGAAAAUUUAAAUGAAAAACAGAAACAUGAGAUAGAAAAACAGAUUGAAGAACAAACAAACGAAGAACAAAAGAACAAUAAGGUGGAUGAUAAUUUAAUAAAAAGUAGCAAUCUAAAAACAUUUAUAGAUCAUUUGAAUUUCUUUCAAAGUAAAUGUAAAGCUAACAAAAGUUCCAUGGCAAAUAUUCGUGAAAAAAAACAAAACCACGAAUAUGUUAAUCAAAAGAAUGGAAAUGAUGACAAGUAUGAUAAUAACAAAAUGGAAGACAACAUGAUGAAAUUAAAUGAAUGUAAUAAUGAGAGUGGAAAAGCAAAUAAUGUAAAUGAAAAAAAGAAUAAUAAUAAUAAUAAUAAUAAUAAUAGUAAUAAUAUGAAUAAAUGUUACCUUUCUAAUUUAAAAAAGAAUGCCGAAAAAAUGAAUAAAACAAAUGAUAUAUUUAAUAAUAUAAGGAAUGGUUUAAGUAACGCUAUAAAUAGUGAAAAGGAAAAUGAUAUAAAGAAUGGUAACAAUUACAUUAAUGUUAGUAACAAUCGAAAUAAUGUUAAUGUCUCACAUAGUCAUAAUAAUCAUAUGAAACGAGCAAAUUAUAUGAUAAACAGUAACAAGACUGUAAAUUUUGAUAGCGAAUUUUCUAAAAAUUUAUGGAAUAGCAACAAUAAUACGUUAAACACAUAUAAUAUGAAUGUUCAGAAUUUUAAUAUUAAUAAUAAGAAGAAUUCGAAUGUACAAGUAUUAAAUAAUAUAGGUCAAUCUUCAUUUAAUGAUCAACAUGUAAACUCUCAAAUUGGUACUUUGAAUAACACAAUGGGAGAGUUUUUUUUCCCAUUUCAAAAAAGACACAGUACCUUGCAUAGCCGUUCUUCAAUAAAAAAUACUUUAGAUAAUGAUAAGAAAAAAAUAGCUAAUCUGAAAAUAAAAGAGAAUGAUAUGAUUAUGUAUGAUAUUAAUAGAAAUGAAAAUUCUUUUUCAAAUGAAAAUAAACAUAUUUUUAUUAGUGAAAAAGUAAGUUCCAUGUCACAAAAUAAUAAAGAAUUCCAUCCCAAUGUUUGUAAUAAUAAUAAAAGUAUUAGCAACAAUAACAAUACUAAUACAUAUAUGAAUGAAUAUAAUAAUAUGAAAAGGAACACCUUUUUUACAAACCCUUUUACGGAAGGAGAACAAAUACAAAAUAAUAACAGAAAUGUUGAUAUAAAUAAUAAUGAAUAUUUAAAUAAAACCAAAUUAGCUAGCUGUGGAAAUUAUUCAUCCUUUAAAGAAAAAAUAACUUCGAUACAUAAAAAUAUUGUUCCAACAAAAAAUUUCUAUUUAUUUAAUUCACAAGACAAGAGUAAUCAUAACUGCAUUUUAAAAACUUGUUCUUUACAUAAAAAUAAUGUAACUGAAGAUGAACAUGAAAAUAAGAUAAACAAUGAAAAGGGAGAAAAUUUGAUGAAGGACACAAAAAAUUUAUAUCAUGAUAAUGAAAAUAAUCAUAUAUCUAGCAAUUUUGUAAAUUCAUAUAAACAACAGAGUUCUUCUAAUAACAUGAAAGUUAUGCAAUGUGAAGAUGAAAAUAAUUUAUCUAUAGAACAAAUUAUGAAAAUACCUGGAGUAAAAUUGGGAAGAAAUUAUAUUCAAGACAUGGAUAUAUGCUCUGAUUGGUUAAAAUUUAAUGAUUAUGAUAAAAAAGUAAUUGAAGAAUCUUUAAAAAAUAGUUUAGCUGAUAAAAAUUAUCAAAACUUUCUUGAUACUACACAAUUCAAGAAUACCUUUUUUUCAAAUAUGUGA